AUGAGAUUUCGAGCGCACGGUGGAAACAAGCAUAUGAAGGAUCGUCAAAAUAAGCAGUCAGAAAACAAAAGAUGGAAGGUGGAGCAAUUGGAAGAGCUUUCUCUUUGCGGGGAAAUGCGAAGUACAUGGCUGUCGAACGAUCGCAACACAGCUGCAGUCCGACUGUAG